AUGCUGGAACAGUACUCGAGGAAGGAUAACGUAGAAGUCAGCGGGCUACCUGUCACCCAAAACGAGGACGUCUUCGAUGUGGUGAGAGACCUCGGAGCUGCGAUGGGUGUGGACAUCCAACAGCAGGACAUCUCAACAGCGCACCGUGUUCCUUCAUACCAGAGAGACCGCAUCCCGUCACUGGUAGUGAAGUUUGUGAGGAGAGCAACCCGGGACGAACUCAUCGAAAACUACAGGCAGAAGAAAACAGCGAUGACAGCCAGAGACGUCAACCCUGCUUUACCGAUGCAAAGGAUUUACAUCAACAAACACUUGUCGCCGGAUAAUAAGGUAUUCUUGUCAAAGUUGAAAACAAAAUGUAAAGAAAUAGGUUUCAUGUACGCAUGGUGCAGGGACGGAAAGUUCUUUGUCAGAAAGUGUCAGGGUGAGAGAUACAUAAAAAUAGACUCGUACAAAGAUUUGGAAAAAGCUCAAAUACAACUUCCACCAACCAGGAUCACCCCAACUUCGGCUACCUCCGUCGAUGCCGUUUGCACUGACUUGAACUUGGACCAAGUAACGGUACGGGUGGUUCCUACUGGAAUCUCGGAUCACACUGGACAGCUGUGCUCACUGCAGCUACCGAUCUCUCUCAAGAAACCCACAUUGUAUCCAGAAGAAUCACCAAUCUCACCAACGUGA